GCCUCACACUUCCAAUCUUUAUACAAACUUUUAAUACUUCUGCCAUCAUACAAGCUGUUGCUUUUCAGCAUAGUCGCGAAGUUGGCUUGCGUUGUAGUACAUACAGGUGCAGGGUUUUGUCACCCUAGCAACGAAUAUCUUUAUCGAAAGUGUUGUAAAAGUGCCUGUUUACUAGGCUGGAGAUUAAUUUUAGAUAAGAAUGCUCAAAGUAGUGAAGUGGUCAAAGAAGUUAUCGCUUGCUUAGAGGAUACAAAAUAUUUAAAUGCAGGGACUGGAAGCAACUUAAAUAUGAGCGGACACGUAGAAUGCGAUGCUAGUAUAAUGGAAGGUAAAAGCGGGGCUUUUGGAGCUGUGGGCUGUUUGCCUGGUGUGAAAAAUCCAAUUUGCGUUGCAUACGACUUGAUGCUAGAAGAGAGAAAGGGGCUAUUAAACUUUGGCCUGAUACCGCCAAUGCUUUUAUGCGGGAGAGCUGCAUGGAUGUAUGCACGGGAUAGGGGAUUAGGCGAGCCUUGCAACGAAGAGGAGCUUGGGGAAUAUCUUGUAACCGAAACGUCGAGGUUGAAACAUAAAAAUUGCCUCUCUCUACUUUCUGGCAAAGCAGAUUGUCCAUUGGAGGAACCAGACAGUCUCGCAGAGAACGAGCUCGAUGUCAUGAUGGACACCGUCGGCGUGAUAUGCCGAGACAGGAACGGAAACGUCUCUGCGGGGGUUUCGUCCGGGGGCAUUCUCCUAAAGAGGCCGGGCCGCGUGGGCGAAGCAGCCAUGUUUGGCUGCGGCUGCUACGCGCUGAACUUGGCCAGCCAAUCAAACGCUGCAAAGGAGAGCGCCGCCUGCAGCGUGUCAGGAUGCGGCGAGCAUGUUAUGAAGACUAGACUAGCUGAAAAGUGCUGCUCCAGCGCAUUUUUGAAUAGUUCAGACGGUCGUAAGGGCGGCCUUUAUGAUUCGCUCAGGGUCACACUCCAGGAUUUCCUGGACCACCCCUGGCUAAGCCACAUUCCGCAAAGGCUGUGCGGAUUGGUGGUUUUGCACGAAUAUGUCAAUGGCAUUGAAAUAGCGUGGGGGCACACAUCGGCGAGUUUUGCAGUGGGAUACUUCCGGGAGGGCGACUGCAAGCCCACUGUACUCUAUACGUACUUAAUGCGCUGCGCUCCUUUUAGUGUUCUAAUGCUUAUAUUCAAGGCAUUAGUAUCUCGUCUGCCUAAAAGCAGCCAGGUGGGUAACUCGUUCCUUAUAGGAGGCACAUUCACAAGGCGCGAUACGCUAAAGCCAUAA